AUGGCGUGGGGGCGGAGUCUUCUCCUAUUCAUGGUGGCCGUCUGUUUCCAUGGUAACGCCGCACAGAGGAGCGUGUGCACUCAAGAAGCGGUGGCCGACCUGGUCUUCAUGGUGGACGGUUCGUGGAGCAUCGGCGCCGAGAACUUUGAGCAGAUCCGGCAGUUUUUGUACACCCUGGUGAACAGCUUCGACGUGGGCCCCGAGCGGGUUCGCGUGGCUCUAGUGCAGUACAGCACGACGCCAAGAACCGAAUUCCUUCUCAACACCUUCCAGGAAAAGUCAAACAUCCUUCAGUACAUCAGCACGCUUCCCUACAUGGGCGGCGGAACCCAAACGGGUCAAGGCUUGGACUUCAUGCUCGGUCAUCAUUUCGUGGAACAAGCCGGAAGCAGGGAGAGCCAGAAGGUGCCCCAGAUCGCCGUGGUCAUCACGGACGGGAAAUCCCAAGAUGACGUGAAGUCUCAUGCCCUGGAGCUAAAGAAGAAAGGGAUCGUCCUGUACGCCAUCGGGAUCAAAGACGCCGACGAAAAUCAGCUCAGGGAGAUUGCCAGCGAACCGCACGCUCAGCACGUUUAUAGCGUGUCUGACUUUGCCGCGCUGCAGGGAAUUUCUCAGCGUAUCGCCCAAACUUUGUGCACCACCGUGGAGGAGGUCAAACGACAACUUAUGGAGUUGUUGCCAGAAUGCGCCAAGGCAACCAUAGCCGACGUGGUCUUCGUGGUGGACGGUUCCACCAGCAUCGGCGACGCUGACUUCCAGGAGGUCCGAGAGUUCCUCAGAGCCAUGGUGUCCGGGUUUGACAUCGGGCCCGAUAAAGUCCGCGUGGGUUUAGCGCAAUACAGCGACCGGCCUUUUCAAGAAUUCCUGCUAAAAGAUCACAUGGACAAGGCGUCUCUACUAGCCCAAUUGGAGAAGAUCCCCUACCGAACGGGGAACACGUACACGGGAAAGGCCCUGGACUUCGUGCGGACGCGCUUCUUCAACGAAAGCGGCGGUAGCCGAAUAAGCCAGAAGGUGCCUCAGAUCGCCGUGGUGUUGACGGACGGCGAGUCGACCGACGAAGUGCUGGAGCCCGCUCGCCGGCUGAGGCGGCACGGGGUCAUCGUCUUCGCGGUGGGAGUGGGAGAAGCGCACACGCUGGAGCUGACCAGCAUCGCCAACCGACCGGCGCAAAACUUUCUCUUCCUCAUCGACAACUAUCGAGCUCUUCAGAGACUGACUACGCGUCUGCUGCAGACCAUGUGCACCUCAAUUGAUAACCAGAAGCAAGCCUUGGCCAAAAGAUUUUCGGACAUCUUCUUCCUGGUGGACAGCGGCUUGACUCCAAACGAGUUCAAACAAGCCCGUAACGCCAUGUUCCGAGUGACCGACCUCAUAAACAUCGGCACGUCGGAGCACCGCGUGGGCCUGGCUCAGUACGGUCGAGACACCAAAGUAGAGUUCAAUCUGGACGCUUAUGGGACCAAAGACGAAACGGUCGCCGCCCUACGCCGUUUCCGCCUGCGUCGUCCGCAGAGUCCCGAAGCGUCCGACCUGGACGCGGCGUUGGAGUACGCCCGCUCGAACUUCUUCACCGCCCGGGCGGGAAGCCGAGCGGACGUGGGUGUCAAGCAAUUCCUUAUUAUUGUGAGCGGGAAAAUUUCAGACGACCAAGUGGACAAGCAGUUCCGCUUGCUCAAGGCGCAAGGAAUCAACGUGGUGGCCCUCCACACGGGAGCGCCGACUCGGAUACCGGAUGUAGGUGCCUAUCCGGGCGUUUCGGCCGCACCCGGGGUUCCCGUCGGUCCCGCCGGUCCUGCCGGUCCCCCGAGCAACGUUCCAGGUCUAACGGAUACUUUUGAAGCCCAGGGCCUUCCGGAAGAUCCUACUGGAGAAUGUAAAGGAGCCAAAUUUGCCGACUUGGUUUUUGUCAUCGACGAGUCCGGCAGCAUCGGCAACUCCAACUUCCAGCUAGUCCGCUCCUUCCUGCACUCCAUCGUGAGCGGUCUGGACGUGUCGCCGACCAAAGUGCAAGUGGGCAUAGUCAUGUACAGCAAGCAAGCCAGAGCACAGUUUUUCCUCAACACCUUCGACGACAAGCGCGAGAUGCUCGAUUACAUCAAAAUGAUGCCUUACAGUGGCGGCGGCACGAACACGGGCGCGGCCCUCAAUUUCACGCGGGAGCAAGUGUUCACCAAAGAAAAAGGCUGCAGGAAGCACAAGGAAGUCCAGCAGGUGGCGGUGGUGAUCACCGACGGGAAAUCCCAAGACGACGUCGGCCCCGCCGCUUUGGAGCUGCGUCGGGCGGGCAUCAAAAUCUACGCCAUCGGCGUCAAGAAUGCCAAUCUUCAGCAACUGGAGCAGAUGGCGUCUUACCCGCCUAGCAAGCACAUUUUCAUGGUGGACAGUUUCACCAAACUCCAGACGUUGGAGAAGGAGCUACAAGGCGUCGUUUGCCACAAUAUCCUACGUGAAGCGAUCAGUGACAAAGUAAUCAAAGAUACCAUCAGAGAAGGAUGCAAGCAAACGGAUGAAGCGGACAUCUUCUUCUUGAUCGACCACUCUGGAAGCAUCUUUCCCCGCGACUUUUACGACAUGAAGAAGUUUAUCCUGGAGUUCGUCAGCACUUUCCGCAUCGGGCCUAAACACGUCCGAAUGGGAGUGGCUAAAUACGCUGAUAAUCCCAAUCUGGAAUUCGAUUUGACGGCCCACACGGACGCCAAAAGUCUGGAGAAGGCGGUGGACGCAAUCUUGCAGGUGGGAGGCGGGACGGAAACGGGAAAAGCGCUAGAGUUCAUGAUACCGCAGUUCGACCGGGCUGCCAGGACCCGAGGUGGGAAGGUGGCGGAAUAUCUGGUGGUGGUCACCGACGGGGAAUCCAUGGAUGAGGUGAAGACGCCCGCCGAGAAGCUACGAGCGCAGGGCGUGGUCAUCUACGCGAUCGGAGUGAAGGACGCCAACGUGCAGGAACUCAAUGACAUUUCUGGUGACAAGAAGAGGACGUUUUUUGUCAAUAAUUUCGACGCUCUGAUCCCCAUCAAAAACAACAUCGUCACUGACAUCUGUAGGAAGGAAGUUUGCAAAGACGUCCCCGGAGAUGUCCUGUUCCUGAUCGACAGCUCCGGAAGCAUCAAUCAAGCCGACUACGGGAAGAUGAAAGACUUUAUGAAAUCCGUGAUCGGAAAGUCCAACAUCGGACGGGACGACGUCCGCGUGGGCGUCAUGCAGUACAGCACCAUCCAGAAGAUGGUCUUCCCCCUGGACCGCCACUUCAACAAAGACGAAAUGUUGCGAGCCGUCGACGGCAUGCGGCAGAUCGGAGGAGGAACGCACACGGGCGAAGCCAUCGGCCAAUUGACGCCGUACUUCGACCAGUCUCAAGGGGGGCGUCCCUACGUGGGGCAGAUGAUGGUGGUGAUCACCGACGGAGAAUCCCAAGAUAUCGUCAAAGACACCUCUCUUGCUCUGAGGCUUAAGGGCGUGAAGGUCUACGCCAUCGGCGUGGUUGAUGCCAACACCACCCAGUUGCUGGAGAUCUGCGGAUCGCCAGAACGCGUCUACACCGAGAAGAACUUUGAUGGUCUGAAGGACUUGGAGAACCAGUUGGCUCUUGAGAUCUGCGAUCCAAACAGAGAUUGCAAGCAGACCGAGCAGGCGGACAUCAUCUUCCUGGUGGACGGCUCCACUAGCGUGGAAGGCAAUUUCACAAGCAUGCAGAAGUUCAUGUCUUCCAUGGUCUCCCUGACCACCGUCGGCAAAACCCUGACUCAGUUCGGAGUCAUAUUGUACUCGGAUGACGCCAAAUCCAUUUUCACGCUCAACAAGUACGAGUCCAAGCGCGAUGUUCUUAAAGCUAUAUCCGCCAUCAAGCACCCGUACGGAGACACCCACACGGGAAAGGCCUUGAAGUACUCCGCGUCCUUCUUCGACGCCCGCAACGGCGGUCGGGCGGCGCUAAAGGUCCCUCAGAUUCUGAUGGUGAUCACAGACGGCGAAGCCACAGAUCCCGGCGAUCUGGAAGAAUCGUCCAACAUCCUGCGGCAAAAAGGCGUCACCGUCUUCAGCAUCGGGGUGAUGGGAGCCAAGAGGAACGAGCUGGAGAUCAUGGCCGGUCACGAUUUAAAGCGAGUCUUCUACGUGGACGAUUUUAAUGCGCUGGAAACUUUACACAAGAACCUGACCGGCCUUCUCUGCAACACUACGAAACGAAUCUGCAAGAAGCGUAUAGCCGACCUGGUCUUCCUGGUGGAUGAGUCGAGUAGCAUCGGCACCCGAGAAUACGACAUCAUGAAGAACUUCACCACUCAAGUGGUGAGCAGCUUCAACAUUAGCGCCGAUUUAGUUCGCGUGGGAGCGGCGCAGUUCGACGACGGCUUCGAGGACGAGUUCCACCUCAACCGCUACGUGACCGAGGACGCCGUGAACAAUCACAUCAUGGGCAUGAAGCAGCGCCAGGGCAACACGCAUAUUGGCGCCGCCUUGGCCAGGAUCAAAGCCUACUUUGAGGAGGCCAACGGUUCUCGCAGGUCUGCCGGAAUCUCUCAAAAUCUGGUGUUGAUCACGGACGGCGAGUCCCAAGACGAGGUGCAGCCCCACCCGGCGGUCCUCAGGGCGAUGGGGGUGGAGAUUUUCGUCAUCCGCAUCGGUAAUUUCCGCGAAACUCAGCUCCUGGAUAUCGCCGGCAACCACAGCAGGUACUUCACGGUGGAUAGCUUUGACAGUUUGAAGGACAUCAAGCAAAAGGUGGUCGAUACCAUCUGCGAUUCCACAGCUGAAACAAAAGACUGCACCAUCGACAUCGCCAUGGGCUUCGACGUCUCUCAGAGAAGCGGCCGUUCCGGCGAGACGUUGGGAAGCGUUCAGAACAAACUCAGGACUUUCUUGCCCGAGAUCGUCCAUUACGUCUCCACCGUUCCCCAGUUGUGCUGCACCACCACCGGGCCCAUCCAAACCAAAAUCGGCUACAGUAUCGUGGGCCAGGACGACUUCAAAUUUAAUCCUUUCGACGCCACCGACGAUGUCGUGGGCAAGGUCCUGACUACCAGAUUGAACGUUCCCACCAGGCUGGACAGCGCCAUGCUCAGGUCAUUCGGGGAGAAGUUUCAGAAAGACUCCAACGCCGGAGUCAAGGUUCUCAUCAUCUUCUCGGACGGACUGGACGACGACCCGAUCAAACUGGAGUCCGAAUCGGACCGCCUGCGUUCGUCUGGGGUAAACAUGCUGCUUGUGGUUGGCCUGGAGGGGGCGACCGACCUGGGUGAGCUGCAGGAUUUGGAGUUCGGACGAGGGUUUGGCUACAAAACUCCGCUUAGCAUCGGCAUGCAAAGCGUUGGCAGCAACAUCUUCAAGCAGAUUGACUCGGUGGCCAACCGAGUGUGCUGCAACGUGAUGUGCAAGUGUACGGGCCACGAAGGCAUACGUGGAUCUCGGGGUUCUCUGGGCUCAAAGGGGGCUUCAGGGCAACGAGGCUACCCCGGAUUCCCGGGAGAGGAGGGCGUUCCUGGCGAUCGUGGCCGUCCCGGUUCAGGUGGACCUCAAGGAAUUCAAGGCUGUCCCGGGAGCCGAGGAUCAAAGGGCUCCCGAGGACUGCGAGGCGACCGGGGCGAGGACGGAGAACUCGGACUGGACGGCGUCAAUGGAGAACAGGGCGUGGCGGGACUAAACGGCAGUCGGGGAGAGCAAGGACAUCAGGGAAAUCCGGGCAUCCCUGGCCUCCGAGGGGAGGUGGGGCUUAAAGGACAGCGAGGCCUGAGAGGAGAUCCGGGAGAAAGUGGGCGGGACAACGUCCAGCCGGGACCCAAAGGAGACGUUGGGAAUGCCGGCCGGCCGGGAGAAGCGGGACAAGACGGUCGACCGGGAGAAGGUGGCACCCCCGGGAAUGCCGGUCCCGACGGAAGACGAGGACCACCCGGAGUGAAGGGUUCUACGGGAGCAUCAGGAGAUCCCGGCCUAUCAGGGACUCCCGGCGCUUCGGGUCCUCAGGGUCUCCGUGGGAACACUGGUAUACCCGGACCCAGGGGCAUCCAAGGACUCCCGGGGCCGCAGGGAGGACCGGGAGCCCCGGGCGGUGCGGGCGCGGGGGGACGACGUGGAGGUCACGGUCAGAAGGGACAACCGGGAGAUCCAGGCGUGCGAGGUGUGAAGGGAACCACUGGCCCACGGGGGGCGCCGGGUCAGGACGGCAGGGACGGAUACGGGCCGGCCGGACCUAAAGGCAUGAAGGGCGAUCCAGGCUUUCCUGGUUAUCCCGGUAUAGCGGGCGAAAGCGGCGCUGUCGGGCCGAAAGGAAUGCCGGGACGCAAAGGCAACCGAGGUCGCGGGGGUAAUUCGGGUAAUACUGGAGACCCUGGUCAACCCGGAGAGCCUGGGUAUGAGGGACACAAGGGCCUACGUGGCCCCCCCGGAGCAAGAGGCAUGACUGAGUGCGAUCUGGUCAAUUUCAUCCGAGACAACUGUGCGUGCUCCAUGGACCUCGGUUCUUGCCCCGCCCUCCCCACCGAGAUGGUGGUGGCGCUGGACAUGUCCCAGGACGUCACGCCGGCGGCCUUCGAGCGCCAGCGGUCGGCGCUCCUGAGCCUCCUGGAGGACCUGAACAUCGCCGAGAGCAACUGCCCCACGGGGGCCCGCGUGUCCUUGGUGGCGUACAACAUCCACACCAAGUACCUGGUCCGUUUCCACGAGUACCGGCGCCGCUCGCAGCUGCUGGAGGCGGUGCGCAACCUGGCCCUGGAGCGCAACGACAACCGUCGCCACCUGGGCGCCGCCAUGCGCUUCGUGGCGCGCAACGUGUUCAAGCGCGUCCGCUCGGGCGCCAUGAUGCGCAAGGUGGCCGUCUUCUUCUCCGCCGGCCCCACGGAAGACGCGGAAGACGUGGUGACGGCCGUCAUGGAGUACCGCGCGCUGGACGUGGAUCCCGCCGUUAUCUCCCUCAGGAACGCCCCCGCCAUCAGUCGCGCCAUGGAGCUGGAUGACACCAAAAACUCUGUCUUUACCGUUCUGGGAAGGGACCCCGCCGCUGACUUGAGGAAGGUGAAGAACUGCGUCAUCUGUUACGACCCGUGCCGGCGCCCUCUGGAGUGCGCCUUCAUCCAGAAUCUUGCGGUGCCCCAGCAAGUGGAGGCCGACCUGGUGAUGGUGGUGGACGGUUCCCGCGAGAUGCAGGCCGACAACUUCGCCGGCGCCCAGGAGCUCCUCAGCUCUGUGACCGAGCAGGUGGCGCUCAGCCCUCAGCCGGCCCGCGCCGACAAACUGGCCCGCGUGGCGUUGGUCCAGCAGAGCGCCGCCCGCGGCGCCCAGCUAGAGUUCGGCCUGAGCGUCUACGGAGACAGGCGGCGGGUGACCUCGCACCUGCUGCGCGACAUGCGGCAGGCGGGCGGUUCUACCGGGCUGGGGCGCGCCUUAGGACUAGCCCUUCGAGAGGUUACCGAGGCCCCCCACGGCCGCAGGAAGAAGGCGCUGCUGGCCGUGGUGGGCACCCGGACCCCAGCCGGGGAACUGGCCGAGCUGCGGGCCGUCGCCCGGCGUGCCAAAUGCAAGGGGUUGGCGCUCUUCGUAGUGACGGUGGGCGACCGCUAUGACCGGCGUCAGGUGGAGGAGGUGGCCAGUGAGCCGGUGCAGCAGCAUCUGCUGCACUUGGGACGACUUCGGCUGCAGGAACGAGAAUAUGCUCGCAGGUUCUUCAGGGUCUUCCUGACCGCGCUCGACAAGGGCAUCAACUCAUACCCACCGCCAUCCAUGAAAGAUAUCUGCCGGCAAGUGGAUCAAAAUCAAGGGCAAAUCCUCACUGCUCCUGAGGCGGACUAUGAUUCGGUUGCCGACCAGGCGCAAGAGGAGCAGCCGCAGGAGCAGUCGGGACAGACGGAUAUUAUUCCCGCGAUCAACCCACAAGACGAAACGGACGACGACGCGCCGCAGCCGACCGCCGCCGACUCGGCAGGUAAACCCCCCGCUCGCCCGCCGUCGCGACCGACUGACAUCUGGCCCCGCCCCCUCGCAGACCCCUGCUUCCUGGACGAAGACACGGGCGACUGCCAGCAGUACGUCAUGAUGUGGUUCUACGACAGCCGGCGACGGAGUUGCCAGCGCUUCUGGUACGGCGGUUGCGGCGGCAACGCCAACCGCUUCGCCACCGUGGAGGCCUGCCAAGACGCCUGCGUCGCUCGGGCGCCCUGA